ACGAGUGACAGGAGGGAAGCGCGGCAUCUGAUUGGCUGACAGGCGGGAUUAGCGACGUCCUACGGUAACACUUUCGAUUGUCUUUCUCUACUACGUUUUUUUCCUAACCAUCCGAGCUCAAAGGCUAUCAAUCCGGUGGAGUCAACCAUUGAUCGAGAGCUUCUCCAGGGAUUAAGCAGCAGUUCAUACCCCUCCAUUGAUCAGUCGAGUGUCCCAAAGACCUAGAAACACUCACAGACUUAAAGAAAAGCAGCAGGAUGGACAGAACAGAGCUCAUCCAGAAGGCGAAGCUGGCCGAGCAGGCCGAGCGUUAUGAUGAUAUGGCGACCUGUAUGAAGUCGGUGACCGAAGCUGGGUCUGAGUUGUCUAAUGAGGAGAGAAACCUGCUAUCUGUCGCCUAUAAGAAUGUGGUGGGUGCCCGGAGGUCUGCCUGGAGGGUCAUCUCCAGCAUCGAGCAGAAGACCGAAGGAAACGACAAGAAACUGCAGAUGGUGAAGGAAUACCGGGAGAAAGUGGAGUCUGAACUGCGGGAUAUCUGCAACGAUGUGUUGGAGCUGCUGAACAAAUAUUUAAUUCAGAAUUCCACAAAUCCUGAGAGCAAAGUCUUCUACCUGAAGAUGAAGGGCGACUACUACAGAUACCUUGCUGAAGUCGCCGCAGGAGACGACAAGAAAACAACCAUAGAGAACUCUCAGGAUGCUUAUCAGAAAGCAUUCGAUAUCAGCAAGACAGAGAUGCAGCCCACACACCCCAUACGUCUGGGUCUGGCCCUCAACUUCUCUGUCUUUUUCUACGAGAUCCUUAACUCUCCAGAAAAGGCCUGCGCCCUUGCUAAACAGGCAUUUGAUGAGGCCAUAGCAGAGCUUGAUACGCUGAAUGAAGAGUCUUACAAAGACAGCACUCUCAUCAUGCAGCUACUGAGAGACAACCUCACAUUAUGGACAUCCGACAACGCACCAGAUGAGGGAGAAGCAGGCGAGGCUGGAGAGAACUAGACCACACGCUCCUUCAACAAAGAAAAUGACCUUUUUACACAUCUCCAUUCCUUAUCACUCCAUGCCAGAAUUCCUCCAGUAAAGAUCAAACCCAUGAUUAAUGAAGAGCUGUUUAUGAAAAAAAAACAAAAAAAAUCAUUUAGUCUUUUCACAGUGCAGCUUUUGGACAAGAAAAGAAAGAUAUUUGGGGAGAAACCCUGUUCCUUAGUUUGCUUGUCUUGGCCUUCCAUAAUGUGCAGUUUCUGCUGUAGAAAAGUAUGACUAGUGUCAUUUUAUACAAACAUAAUCUUAAAGUAAUAGUUAAUGGAAAAUAAAUGAAUGAAUAAAUUAAAAGUAAGGACAUGCAUUUCAUCACAGGUAAGUCUGAGACUAAAAAGUAAUUGCAGGGAUAUUAAAAGCAUUUAGAUAACCAUAUACACCUACUGUAUCUUGUACUUUAACACUCUUACCUGUUUCACCUCAGCACUACCAAGGGUUGUGCACUUCCACUGAAACCAGUGGUCAGUCACGCUUUAGAUAGUUCAAUAUGGAAAUUUAAAAAAGACACUUGUUGAAAUGGCAUACGUUUCAAGCUGCAUUUCAGAUUUUACUUGGAAAUAUUAGCAUCUGCAGUGGUAUGUAGUAUCUGACGGUCCUCAGUUAUUAAACGGUUUAAUAAUAUAUUUACUGUUUUUCACUUGAUUUUGGCCUGUUUAGUGUUCCCUUUGCUUUUAUUUUAUGGAAAUCAAAAUCAUCCAUAGAAAUUUAAACCAUUUGUAAGACGACUUAGGGCAUAUUUUAUUUGAUUUGUUUAGUAAUGCUGUGUUAAAAGUGAAACUGUUUGGUUAGCAGUACCCCACUAGCAUGCAGACCAAUUCUGACACAAUCUGUGGCACAGUUUGGUAAUAUGGAUUUGAUGGUCACGUAUAAACGACCCACUCUAGAAAUUAGUUUCACAUAACGCAUGUUAUGAAUGAUAGAAACCAAGAACGAGUAUCUUGAUUCUGACUGCUAGUGGUGAAUUUGUGUUGGUGGCAAAUAACAUUGCCUGUGUAUGUCCAGAACACUGGAAUGGGAAUCAAUUGCCAUAUUGCCAAUAUUAAAAGUACUGUUCAGUACUUUUCAAUGCAUUGUGCACAGGUGUGUGGUUGUCCAGAGAGUGUCAUUAUAGAUUCGACCACUAUUAUAUGUUUUGUUUCUCCUUUAUGUCUUUUAUUCUAUUGUGUAUGUGAUUUUGAUUUUUUUUUUUCUUUUUUUUAAUUUCCCAUGAAUUUUAGUCUCACAAAAGCCUUGUGAAAAUGUUUUAUGCCCUAUGUAUGUUAUGUAACAUGCUUAAUUACAUUUUAUAAACCAA